CGAAGGAGGGUAUUAUCAAGAGUAGAAGGUCAAAGGUCUCAGGAACUAGAGCCAGAGAGAGAUGAGUACUAUUAGAUUCCCCUCACUUUCUCCUCCCCUGUAUGAGCCCAGUGAUGGCAAGAAGAAGAGUGACCUUCUAGAUGUUCAAGUACUAGAAGCAAAAGAGAAGGAGUACAAACAAUGGAUAGCGAGUCUUCAGGAAUGCCCCUACCACUCGCCAGCUGGUGUCAAGCAAACUGACUAUGAUGCUGAUGCUGAGAUAGACAUGGAGGAAGAGAGCUUGGAAGACUCUGAUCUGGACGGGGACAAUGACACUAGCAUGUUUGAUGAGAGUAUGAAUCCUUAUGUAGAUGACUUGGAAUCAUCUGUGCAGGACAAUUCCUCUAGCAAUGAUGCACCUUGAACCUUCUGUACACAUAUCACUUCUCCAUUUUUCAAUUUUCAUAUAAUAAUUCUAAACCUGAA